CAGCGGAGGCGGCGGGAUGGAGGGGCUCAUCCCGCUCGUCAACCGGCUGCAGGACGCCUUCGCGGCGCUGGGCCAGAACUGCCUGCUCGACCUGCCGCAGAUCGCGGUGGUGGGAGGGCAGAGUGCCGGCAAGAGCUCCGUGCUGGAGAACUGCGUCUCCAGGGAUUUUCUUCCACGAGGUUCUGGGAUUGUAACAAGACGACCAUUGGUGUUGCAGCUUGUCACUGCCAAAACAGAGUAUGCUGAAUUUCUACACUGCAAAGGAAGAAAGUUUACAGAUUUUGAUGAAGUUCGUCAGGAAAUUGAAGUAGAAACAGAUAGAAUAACAGGAGUGAACAAAGGGAUUUCUUCAAUUCCUAUUAAUUUAAGAAUAUAUUCUCCACAUGUACUAAGCCUGACUCUUAUUGACUUGCCGGGAAUCACUAAAGUGCCAGUAGGAGAUCAGCCUCCAGAUAUUGAGCAGCAGAUAAGAGACAUGAUAAUGCAGUUCAUCUCUCGAGAAAACUGUUUGAUAUUGGCCGUGACUCCAGCUAACACAGAUCUGGCCAACUCAGAUGCUCUGAAGUUAGCUAAAGAAGUAGACCCUCAAGGCCUUAGAACCAUUGGUGUGAUCACAAAAUUGGAUCUGAUGGAUGAAGGAACAGAUGCAAGAGACGUUCUAGAAAAUAAACUACUUCCUCUUCGUAGAGGUUAUAUUGGUGUUGUGAACAGAAGCCAAAAGGAUAUUGAUGGGAAGAAGGACAUAAAGGCAGCUCUUCUAGCAGAAAGGAAAUUCUUUCUUUCCCACCCAGCAUACAGGCACAUGGCAGAUCGGAUGGGAACGCCGUAUCUUCAGAAAGUUCUAAACCAGCAACUUACCAAUCAUAUUCGGGAUACCCUGCCAGCCUUCAGGAGCAAACUUCAGAGCCAGCUGCUUUCUAUAGAACAUGAAGUAGAGGUAUACAAAAACUUCAGACCAGAAGAUCCAACCAGAAAAACAAAAGCCUUGUUGCAGAUGGUACAGCAGUUUUCAGUGGACUUUGAAAAAAGAAUUGAAGGAUCAGGAGAUCAGGUCGAUACACUGGAACUUUCAGGUGGUGCCAAAAUCAAUCGUAUUUUCCAUGAACGUUUCCCUUUCGAACUAGUGAAGAUGGAGUUCAAUGAGAAAGAGCUGCGGAGAGAAAUAAGUUAUGCAAUCAAGAACAUACAUGGUAUCAGAACAGGUUUAUUUACUCCAGAUAUGGCGUUUGAAGCUAUUGUUAAAAAGCAGAUAGUGAAGCUGAAAGGACCUUGCUUAAAAAGUGUGGAUCUAGUGAUGCAGGAGUUAAUCAACACUGUCAAGAAGUGCACUAAAAAGUUGGCAACCUAUCCAAGAUUAUGUGAGGAAACAGAAAGAAUUGUUGCUGGCUACAUUCGUGAAAGAGAAGAGAAGACCAAGGAUCAGGUGCUGCUGCUGAUUGAUAUCCAGGUUUCUUACAUCAACACCAACCAUGAAGACUUCAUUGGCUUUGCAAAUGCCCAACAAAGAAGCAGUCAGGUUAACAAAAGUGCAGUGGGAAAUCAGGGAACCAAUCUACCGCCUUCAAGGCAAAUUGUCAUCCGGAAAGGCUGGCUGACCAUCAACAAUAUUGGCAUCAUGAAAGGAGGAUCCAAGGAAUACUGGUUCGUUCUAACUGCAGAAAGCCUGUCUUGGUAUAAAGAUGAUGAGGAAAAAGAGAAGAAGUACAUGCUUCCUCUGGACAACUUGAAAGUGCGUGAUGUUGAAAAGAGCUUCAUGUCUAGCAAACAUAUCUUUGCAUUGUUUAACACAGAGCAGAGGAAUGUUUACAAGGAUUACCGUUUCCUUGAACUAGCCUGUGACUCCCAAGAAGAGGUGGAUAGCUGGAAGGCAUCUCUGCUACGAGCCGGUGUCUAUCCUGAUAAAUCCUCAACUGAAAAUGAUGAGAAUGGCCAAGCGGACAAUUUUUCAAUGGACCCCCAAUUGGAGAGACAGGUGGAGACAAUUCGAAAUCUGGUGGAUUCCUACAUGUCUAUUAUCAACAAAUGUAUCCGAGAUUUGAUACCGAAAACAAUCAUGCACCUUAUGAUCAAUAAUGUGAAAGAAUUUAUCAACGCUGAGCUCCUGGCUCACUUGUAUUCUUCUGAGGACCAAAAUACUCUAAUGGAGGAAUCAGCUGAGCAGGCACAGAGGCGAGAUGAAAUGCUCCGCAUGUACCAAGCUCUAAAGGAAGCCCUAGCAAUCAUUGGCGAUAUCAGCACUAGCACUGUGUCAACCCCUGCACCACCUCCUGUAGAUGAUUCUUGGCUUCAGCAGGCCCGCAGAUCACCUCCUCCAAGUCCCUCAACUCAGAGGAGGCCUACAUUAAAUAAUCCCCCAACCAGACCUUUAUCUGGCCGAGGACCUGCUCCUGCAAUCCCAUCUCCAGGCCCUCAGUCAGGGGCUCCCCCGGUCCCGUUCCGCCCAGGACCGUUGCCACCAUUUUCAAGUGGUGGUGAAGCCCAUGGAGGACCUCCCCAAGUUCCAUCCCGGCCGACGCGGGCUCCUCCCAGUGUCCCAAGGAAGAAUCCUGUUGGCAUGCUGACUAGCAAUGCUUCAUGUUCGAUACGGAAAAUAACAGUUUUCAGUAGAGAAACAAAUGAGAGAAACUUUCAGUCUCUUGGACCAUAAUGUUGAGGUAAGAGACCAUUACAAGCAAGCGUUCCUCCACUACUUUCCCCUUUCAUCACCACUGAGGGCUGUUUCUCAUUUCUCCCAUAACAUCUCUUACCCAUUUUUGUCUGUGGCUCUGCUGAACCACUCUUACUUUCAUCCUUUUUCUGCUUUUCCUAUUUUCCUGUGACCUGUCACUAGUAUUAAGUUGUUUUCCUCUUCAUGAUCUUCCUGCUUCUAUUCAAGAUCCUUCCUCCUGAGCUGAUGUUCUGGAGACUCCAGAGCAGCCAUGCUGCUUCUGCUACAGGCCAGGAAGAGUUUUAAGUAAGCACAGACAUUAGACAAGCUCAUCAGACCUGCAAACCGUAUCUUGCCUCUAUUCUUCAGCCAUCACGGCUACACAGAAUGACAGAAGUGUAGGGACUGGAAGGGAUCUCUGGAGAUCAUCUAGUCCAACUCCCUGCUAAACUACAGCCCUUUCACUUCUGGUUUGGAUUUUAUGCCAAAUGCAGAAGCUGGUGAAGGUCAAGAUGGAAUGUAUAAAGAUAGAUUGAUAGAAGAAUUGGGAAAAGCAGGGCCGAAGUUGUGUGGGUCUUUUGGAAUCUUACUGAAACUGAGAAAGUCAUCUAGAAGUCAGAUGAGUCAAGGCACUGUAACUCUCCCAAGGACAGGCCUCGGAAACGGGCUACCUGUACCUCUGAAUAAUCACACCAAUGAGAUUUGAUAUUUAUCUCUCACCUGAAAUAAGCCACUUUUCUGUUCUGGAGUGACUCACAUCCAGAUUUUUAUUGUCACCUCAAUUAAAAUCUGCCUUCAGUCAGACCUAGAGCCAUUUGGAGAUUUUUUCAAACUGUUUUCUUGUUAGAUUCUGCAAAAACAAUGAGUAUCACAUCACGAGGUACUCCAAGGGGCCUGCGUUAUAGGGAAACUGAGAUGGAGGAAAAGGGAGAGAAUAAUGGACUUUUGUUUACAGCUUCAGAUCUAUAGGAAUGUAUCAUAAAAUACAGUUAUGUGCAUGCCUUCCGCAAGUGUUCUCUGGUGGUCACAAGCAAACAAGAAUGUGAAACGUAAGUGGAAACGCAAGCCUUUUAUUUAGAAGCAUGCUAGCUGUGCUCCGAGAAGAGAAGCCAUCUUCUGAGAACGGGGCCUCCCAUGGUAAUUACAGCUCUGCUUUACUGAAAGCAUAUUUUGUGGACUCUGUGUGGGGAGUGAUAGCACUCUGCAGAAGGCAAAUGUUUGAAGAGCUCCCAUAUGUUUCUGAUCGCAUUUUAAGUCUAGACUUGCUUUACUUAGUUUCAUUCGCUCUGUACUUGCCUAGCUGAAGCUUUUGGGGACUUCUUUCAAAAUCAAAAAAAACGGGGUGUGCUGCUUAGGUUAAAAAUAAAUAGAAAACUUUUCCUUUUAAAAAAGUUUGUGCAUGGGGGUAAGAGUUAUCCUCCGUUCAAAAUCCCACUGAGUUCUUCAAAGGAGGAGUUUCUGCAGCAACAUCAGGGAGUUAUUAAAUACAUACUUAGUCCACAAUUUUCAUUGGUAAAUUCUUUAUGUCUGCUUAAUGUGUGCUAGUUAGAAGAACUGAUUCUUUCUGCAGACUCGUUUACUCAACCCUAGGGACCUAUGAUCCCCUGCCCCUUUAGCACUAACUCUAACAAACACUGUUUCCCGUUUUGUUUUUUGGUGGUUUUUUUUUUUUUACCCUAAAAAUAAAGGGAAAAAGAAAAAAAAAAAAGAAGAAAAAAAAAAGGCAAACAGCAGAGUGAUAAAGGGGCUGAGGGGCUGAGCAGUGGGACUCGGCCCCACAACUACAAAACACAGUGAAAAUGCUUAAAACAAUAAGCAAACAGGAAUUAGUGCAGAAGUGCCGUUUUUAUAAGACAGAGCUUUCUAUGAAUCCAGAGCAGCCCCUUGCAGCCUAGGAGGAGCAGCUCGGUGCUGCUGAUGGAAUCGCUCUGAUAACACAGAGAAAAUGUGCUCUGUGCUGUCUCUCCGUGUCUCAUCUUUUGGCUCCAGACUAAACAUUUAAUACGGCUUAGUCACAUAUUUCCUCGCUGCCAUGGCAGCCAGUGCAGCCGGACCUGCGGGGGCUUGCUGUGCUGCGGCUGCCCCAGCUGCACGGCCACAGGCAGGCUGCAGCUCCCUCUGCUGCUCUGCUUGCCGGCCUCUGCACGGCUGCCAUUUGAAGAGACUGGCAGUACACAUUUAUUUAACCUUUGCUCGACUUCAGGCUCAGAAAGCAGCUGUGCCAAAGCCAAGCCAGUCUUCCUCAGAUCUGUGCUUUUGGAGGUGCCUGCUCCAUUAUCACGGGGUGGCAGUUUGGCUGCCAGGCUCUGCACUGCUCCAUCGCAGCCAGCACAUCCAGCUGUGAUGCAGGGAGAGACAGGGGCAUGGGGUAGGCUUCUCCUUCAGCCUGGGGUUGAUUUCUCUUUUAGAAGGAGAAAAAGAGGUCUGAACUGUGCUUCCAGAGUAAAAAAUGGUCGUGCAGUGGCUUGUCACCUUGGUAGGGAAAUCUAGAGACAGACAAUUCCUGGGCUUGUCCGUUCCCUCACUUUCUGCCCUGAGCUCCAGCUCAUGCCAUCAUGACUGCAUGCUGGUGGCUAAUGAAGGCCAGGUCUCUUCCCAAGCUGCAGCUCUGUGCUAGGCCAUGCCUGAGGCAGUGGUCCUUGGCCCAUCUUGUUGCAUGACAGGCACGCGCCCAGGAGACUGAAUGGUGUUUUUGCAGGUCUCCCAAGCCUUGCCUCUUCCCAAAGGCUGCCCAGGAAGGUGGUGGGGUCACUGUCCCUGGAGGUGUUCAAGAGCCAUGGAGAUGUGGCAC